CAAAAAAAUUUUCUAUCUUUGCGCCAUCUUGAAUUGCUGAGUAAUUAGCUUCUAAGAAAAUAGUAACAACCUAGUUAUGAAAACAGAAACUAGAAUAAAACAGAAUAUCGAUUCCUCUAAGGAGGUAUCGACAAAACAAGCAAUUUUAACAGUUAGCGUGGUCUUUAUCACCUCUUUAUCAGCAUUACUUUAUGUAUAUACUACUUUUCCAGAACUUACAGAAGAUGAACAACAGCAUAUGAAAUUACCAUUAGAUCUUGAAGAAGCUAAAAAUUUGGGUAAACUUCUUGGACGAUAUAGAGAUCUUUAUUAUUUUCAAGUGCUAAUUGGAUUAUUUCUUACAUAUAUUUUUUUACAAACUUUUGCUAUUCCAGGUUCUAUUUUCCUUUCAAUCCUUUCUGGUUUUCUUUUUCCUUUUCCUUUAGCUUUAUUAUUAGUAUGCAGUUGCAGUGCAGUAGGAGCAUCACUUUGCUAUCUUCUUUCAUCACUUUUGGGACGUAGAUUGCUUUUUAAAUAUUUCCCAGAAAAAGCAAGAGAAUGGACAUUAACAGUAAAAAAACACAAAGAUAAUCUUUUUAAUUACAUGCUAUUUCUUCGAAUAACUCCAUUACUUCCAAAUUGGUUUAUAAAUCUAGCCAGUCCUAUAAUUGGAGUGCCUCUUGCACCAUUUACUGUAGGCACAUUUUUUGGAGUUGUUCCACCAUCUUUUAUUGCCAUUCAAGCAGGUCAGACAUUACAAAACUUAACUUUAUCUACUGGCUGGUCAUGGAAAAGUAUUAUAAUAUUAUGUGUAUUUGCUGUAUUAUCAUUAGUGCCUAUUUUAUUUAAACAAAAGAUACAACAAAAGUUUGAUUAAAUUUUAGGAAAGAAAUUCAAAAAAUUUAUUUAAUUAAAAAAUGAUAUGAUUAUUUAUUUU